ACGAUAAUGUUUGUGAUAUCAACGAAUCAAUGGCGAUCAUUCUGCCAACGGUCUACUGACUAAAAUGUUAUUUCAGAAACGAAUUCCACUGACAUUCCGUAGAAUCAAAGAUGUAAGAUGGUCGACUAAAGAUAAAUUAGAACAAUAUCGUGGGAUCCUUAAAUUACAUGCACGUGAAAAGAAGAUAAGGCUGCAAGAUGCUACAAAACUAAAGAAAAAGAUAUCAUGGCAAUUAAAUACGUACAAACGAGAUGUAAACAAUUAUCAUCAAAUUGUUAACGAGAUAACGAAAGGAAUUCCAAAAGGUCAUGUGCGUGGUUUAUUGCAAAGUCGUAAAAAUUUACGAUUAAAAUGCCGAGGCCGAAAAGUAGAACACAUUUGUGAAUCUAUUUACGAGGAAAAUCAUAGGAAACGCUGUCAAUUAGAUAAGCUUCGUUACGAGAAGAAACAAAAGAUGAAACGAUGUUUCGAACUACAAGUAGAACACGCAGAGCUGAGCAAUAUUUACGAAGAACAAAAAGACGUGCCAUGGACUCGAGCGCAACAAAGAUUGGUGUCGCGAUAUCAAAAAUCUGUUGCGAGACAAAAUGCAGCAAAGGCGAUAAAUUUAACGUAUGCUUACAUACUUGAAAUCUUAAAAAAGGAUGCGGUAUAUCACGAAAUUUUGUUGGAUAGCUUGAAACAAGAUCGUAUAAGUCAAUGUAAAGUGAUACUUCGAACAACGAUAAUGGGUCAACUUGCAACCGAAGAGACAAAUGACAUCGAAUCAAAGUAUAAACGUGUAGCUCGAAACGUUUGGAAUAACAUGAAGGAGAAAGAACGUAUGCUAGAGAUCGUACGUGAACAAGUAGAGGACUUGUGGUCGUACGCGCAGUCCCUCAUACGAACCGAAAGCGAGGGGAUAUUAACUACAGAAAUUAUACGCUCUGGAACCACAUCGAAUAAAGUGUUAGAAAAGCAAAUAAGCUAUUUGGAAGGAAUAUUCGAUAAAAUCAAGGAUUCAUUGUUGGUCCAUUCUUAUCGAGAAUUGCUUUCAAGGUUGGAAGAACAAAUGAAACAACGAACACGACUGUUGGAACAAUUUGAUCGGAACGUGAAAGAGCGUGAUUCGUUGUUAAGUAAGAAAAAUGAGGCAUUGUCCACUCUGUCUAAUUUCGAGCACGCCCUUGUAGCCACUAUUGAGGAAUAUAACGCGGAUAAAAAUAUCUUGCUGGAACAGAUCGCGAUGCAAAAAAAGCGUGAACUUGAGCGAAAAAAUUCAAAAAAGGAACGCGGUGAAUUACUGAUGGACAUAAGAGCGGCUUUGCAGAAUAUGGUAGCGAUGUUGAUUUGUGUUAAAAGAGGUAAUAAAGUACCAGCGAGAAAGCCAACGGAAGAAUUUGAUAAACGAUUCGAUAUACCAAUGAUAGAAAAGAUGGAGACAGAAGGUUUAGCAUUAUUGUCCACUGUUAGUCGAAAAGUAGGGGCACUAUUCGGAAUGAGCAAUUUCGAACUGGACAAAGACAGAGAAGAGAGAGCAAAAGACUUGUACCAAACUUACGUUUCCAAUUAUCGUUCAAAGAUCAAGUUCAAAGAUGCGGAAGUGGAACCAACGGGUCUCAUCGUCGAGCAUCAAGCAAUUGAUACAUCAGUGCCAACGCGGGCAGAGAUUAAAUUAAGGAGUAAACAAGCUGUGGAAGCUUAUUUAAGACUGGAGUGAUGCCAUUCUUCUCAUUCCAUUCCGAGAUA